GUCAAGGUCAUCGGAACGGGCUCCGUUAUUGUCAAUAUUUACCCUAUAUUGUUCUGAAUAACGCGAAAAUAGUCUGCAACUGGCAAAAAAGCGUUUUUGUCGAUUUCUCAAAUUCCAACUAAAAACCUCCAUAUCUCCUAAAUUAAACCAGAUAGCCACUUUCACCACUCUUUAAGUUUUGUUUGUAAUGACCUGUAGAUGAAGAAUCCACGGUCAAAACCUGGCGCUCCGGAAAUCGUAGUAUCCCCAAACUAAAGUUAAGCUUGCAAUGAAAAAACAAAAUGAUUUACAUUAAAGUGUUUUUGCUUUAUUUCGCAUAAUACUCCUUCACACACAGCACAAUCAACAUUUAAAAAUAUUCAAAACCUACUUUCAAGAAAUUUAAAAACAUUAAAGUGAAAAACUUUUAGGUAGCUUUAUGCCAUAUCCGCUUUAUUGUUUAGGUCUUGCCCUUCUAAAUUUUUUUUAUUUCGUCAACUUAAGACGGCAUUGCGUAGUAUAAGACUUGAAACGAAAAUGUGAAUAAAUGGACAUAUAUUUGAUAAAUUUAUAAAAUAACAAUAAAAUUAAUGGUAAAUAUUGGACAAUAACAGAGGCAGUCCCAAUGACCUUGAUCUUGAUAUAUGUUGUCAAGGUCAUCCUCUUGAGUGACCUUGAGGUUUUAGCCGUCGCUCGUUGUUUGUUAAAAAGUUAUUAACCAAAGAAGUUUAAUGGUAUCACAUGGGUUUUCGACUUUCCACACGAAGGUAGGUCCAUCCCACAUCGCUUCCUGCCUUCAACGCGGAACUACUUUCCAUGCAAAGAGAAGUUCACCCCACACCACCCCCUGCCUUCAACGAGGAACUACUUUUCACGCGAAGGGAGGUCCAUCCUACACCGCCCCCUGUCUUAAAAAAUUUUUAAUCUAUAUAUACAGGGUGCGCCGUUAGAAUCCGGACAAAAUUGAAUUUGAAGUUCCCGCUAUAUUAGAAUUCAGGAGUAGGCGCUAGUUGGUGCUAAAAAAAGUUAGAUAUGUCAGUAAGACUUUCAUAAUUUCAAAAUGGCCGAGCUCGUCAAGCCAAGCAUGGAGUACGAUAGAAGAGCGGCAAUUAUAGAAAGCCUUCGCGCCGGAAGAAUGACAGCCGAAAUUAUAAAAUUUUUUGGAUACCCAAGAUCGACGGUAUACGAUGUUGCGAAGAGAUACGCAGUCUCAGAGGAGUCCGAGGAAGGCUCUUACACUCCGGCGAGGAAGAGACAGGCUAGGGAAAAAUCAACAAGGACUCCAGAGAUCAUCCGAAGAGCCCAAGACAUGAUUUUGGAAGACCCAGGGACCUCGCUCCGGAAAUUGGCCUCCGUCUUGGGGGUGAGCGAAACGAUCGUCCGUCGGAUCAGUAAAGAGGAUCUCAAAUAUACCUCCUACGUCCUCAAGAUCCGCCAGAUGCUCUCUGAGGCCGCCAAGCUCAAAAGAUUUGCCCGCUGCAAUUUGCUUCUGUGCUCGUUAAAACACGAAGCUGCUGGCCGCAUUAGGUUUUUCUCUGAUGAGAAAAUUUUCACCGUGGAUGCCAAAGUGAACCGGAGGAACGACCGUUGGCUCGCCCACAACCCCGAGGACAUCCCUGUGGUGGGCAAGACCAAGUUUCCGGCCAAUAUCCACGUCCUGAGCGUCGUCUCAAGUGAGGGCGAUAUCAUGCCGCCGCACUUCUUCCAAAAGAGGGAAACGGUCACGAAGGAGGUGUAUUUGAAGGUCCUGAGGACAGUGGUAAAGCCGUGGAUGGAGACUGUGGCCUCUGGGAGGCCAUACAUAUUUCAACAAGAUGGCGCACCCGCUCACACGAGCCAUUUAAUCCAAAACUGGCUCUCAGAUAACGUCGACAUGUUUUGGUCGAAGGACUUCUGGUCUCCUAACAGUCCCGACUUAAAUCCUCUGGACUACUACGUGUGGGGCGUAGUCGAGAGACACACCAAUAAGUCCAGGCACCCCAACGUCACCUCCGUGCCGCUAUCGAGACAGAGUUCACGGCUAUGAACCGCGAUCAUUUGAAGACAGCGUGCUCGCGCUUUAGGGCGAGGAUCGAGCAAGUGAUAGAGGCGCAGGGCACCUAUGGGUAUCCCAUUUUAAAAGUUGCACUCAAAUUUCUCAGAAACACUGCGUUAAAUCGAAAAAUGUUUCAGACAAAAAUUGUUUGGUUCGAAGGGGGACAUAAGACGGCGUCAUUGGUUUG